AUGGGAAUGAAACUGCAGAAAGUUGCAGGUUGUAAAGUGCCACGCAGCAGCUUACCACCACAGACCGUGCGGAAAUUACUGGAACAAAAACGGCAACAGCAGUCUGUCCUAGGCCACAGCACUGGACCCUUGAUCUCCCCAGGAGCUCUAGAAGCCAACCAGCCAGAACCCCCUGGAGGACCAGAAGGAGGGGGACCUAUUCCAGGACAGACAGCAGCUCCAGAGUACCCCAUCACUACCUUUCCCACCUGGCAGCCAGACCCCUCAAGCCAAGCAGCUUUCCCCGUGGACUAUUCCUACAACUGUCUGGACACCACCAAGGACUUCCUCCUCCAGCCUCCAGAGGUUCAGUAUGACAUGAUGGACCCAUUCUCACCUUUGGAAGCAGGCGUUUAUGGGGCUUCAGGACCUGGGCCUACAGAGGAAGCAUACAGUUCCAAGAUGGCACCAGUGGUGGAGUAUGAGAAGGCAGCCACUGAGGCCCAGGCCUUGAACCUCUAUCCCUCCUCUGGAGGCCAUUGGCCAGGACAGGAACAGAGCAACCUUUGCCUCCUUCCCUCUGGAAAUUACCAAGCCGCAUCUCUGGAGGUGGAUCCCGGGGAACUGGCCCAGGCUCGGGCGCGGAUCCAGAACAUGGAUCUGGCUCACCUGCUACAGCAGGAUGAGGACGGAGACAUGCUCCUCCAUCUGCUUGUGGCUCAGGGACACCGCCCACUGGCUUACGCUGCUGCUGAGACGCUACGAGACUGUGGGCAGCUGGAUGUCAAAGAGCACAGGGGGAAGACUCCACUGCUGGUGGCAGCCGCAGCAAAUCAGGCCAACAUUGUGAAAGACCUGAUCCUACUGGGGGCGGAUGUCAAUGCUGUUGACCAGAAGGGCCAGACUGUGUUGCACCUUGGCGCCACCUAUGGGCUGCCCAGUGUCAUUGAGGCUGUCUUGUUAACCAACAACCCUGUCAAUGUGGAAGCCAGAAAUUUUGAAGGGCUGACUCCCCUGCACUGUGCCGUCAUUGCUCACAACACUGCCCUCCAGGCAGAGGGCCUGGAGCCAUUGUUCCAGCACCGCCUGCAGAGCUUGCUGCUCUGCAUUCGACUGCUCCUGCAGCUCAGAGCUGACUACAAGAGCCAGGACCUGAAGAGCAGCAAAACCAUCCUGCACUUAGCCGUCCAAGCCGCAAACCUGCCUUUGAUCGAGUUUCUCCUCCGGCUGCCUGGACAAGAGCUCCAGAACUUCGUAAAUAUGAAGGCUCAUGGGAAUACAGCGUUGCACAUGGCAGCCGGGCUGCACGGGCACCCCCAUCAGGAGCAGAUCGUGCGCCUGCUGCUGCAGCAUGGGGCUGACCCCAGUGCCCGGAACCUGGAGAACGAGCAGCCAGUUCACCUGUUGGCUCCGGGGACAGCCACAGAGCAGCUGCGUCUGCUGCUGAGGAGUCGCCGCACUGGUCCUUCCCUGAUUCAUCAUCUGCCUUCCCUGCCCUGACAGCCCUCUUGUGGCAGAUGCUCCUGGACCGGGACCAACAGAACCCCUUUUUGGCUGCCCAGAGAGUGAAAACAUGUGGAUGCCUUCCUUGUUGGUGUUUUCCAGGAAAUCCCCGUCUUGGCUGUAUUUAACUAACUUAUUGUAUGGAGGGGGGUGGGGUACUCACCUGGCUGCUUCCUUGCUUGAGCUCCUGAAAAUCAACUCCAGGUCGGUGGGGAACACAGGAAUGACUGAUGUGGAGGUGUCUUUCUCUCUCUCCAUCAUCAGCCCCUUCAAAGCCCAGCUUGGGAACUAAUGCACCAGGGGCUCGGUCUCUGGUAUUCUCGGGAUGCCCUAGAGUACCAUCCCCAUGAUACGAGGCCGUGGGCUGCAGUUCCUUGGGCCAGCAGAAUUAGAGUCCAAAAUACCUGGAGGCUGGCUACCAAUGAGAUGCUCUCUCCCCCACCAGAGAGCAGCAUCCGCCUCUCUCUCAUCAGCAAGGAAAUCACCCAGGAACUGAGCACAAGGGUCUUUCUCCCAGCGCCUUCCCACGCUGGUGCUCAGUGUACUCCUCUUGGCAUGCUUUUUCUCUGUGGCAGCUGGCCAGACUCAUCCCCUCCCCUCCCCAUCCCU